AUGGAGCAAAUCACUUCGAAGCCGUUUGUUUACCACAACCGUGAUAGUUUAGACGAAGCUUUCCAGUGCUUGGCUGAAUUUCGUGACAACGGGCUUCUCUGUGAUGUCCUAUUAUGCGUGGAAAAUAGAGAAAUUCCCGCUCAUCGGGUGAUCCUGGCGGCCUCCAGUCCGUAUUUUAAAGCCAUGUUUCUUGGAAAUCUCUCGGAGAGCAAACAGCAUCGUGUUGCGCUCUACGAGAUCGACGCAUCGGCGAUCGAAAUGCUGGUAGAGUUUGUUUACACUGGUGUAUUAAAAAUAGAAAAAUGUAACGUGCAUUCACUGUUAUAUGCAUCAGCUGUUCUCCAGUUUGAGAAGGUUAGAAAAGCUUGCUGUGAAUUUCUUCUCAGAGCCUUAAAUAUCUACAACUGCUUGGGUAUUCGAUCACUUGCAGAAACUCUCUCUUGUCACGAACUUUUUGCGACAGCUCAUCAAUUUGUUGUUGAUCACUUUGGAGACGUGGCAAAACACGACGAGUUCCUGAAACAGCCCUUUGAAUCCUUAAAGUGUUUGUUAGAUAGCAGGUUUCUUAAUGCGUCAAGCGAAGACGAAGUGUUCAGCGGCGUUUUGAAAUGGCUUAACUUCUCUCCAGUAAAGCGCCGAACAUUCGCCUCCUCACUCAUUAAUCAAUGCUGUUUGAUGAAGAUUUCGCCUGACUUUCUAAGGCGAAUCCUAAGAGAUUCCAUAGUGGAAGCCAGUUGUGAAUGCCGGAAGCUUAUUUUAAAAGCACUAGAGACUGUGCAGUCUACAAAUUUACAAGAUGUUUAUGAAUUUCCAGGAAUUUCACACCGUUCAUUGCGAACUGGCCAUGAAGUCAUGCUGGCGAUUGGAGGAGAAUCAGACGGCAUGACGUUAGACAGCUGUCAAUGCUUCAAUCCCAAGUGCAACAGCUGGACAUGGGAAAUCUCAGGGAGGUGUGGUGAUCCCAUGCCAUUGGCGAACAUUAAUGAUGGGCGCACUUUCAUGGGCGUGACAUCAAGUGGACACCAUACCUAUGUAGUUGGCGGCCAUUCUUCCUGGAAUAUAUUAGAUUCACUAGAACAUUAUGAAUGGCCAGGAAAUAAGUGGUGUCACUUAUCACCACUGCACAUGGAACGAAUGGGAGCUAGUGCUGUCCUUCUAGAUGCCCACCCUGUCGUUCUAGGAGGUUAUAACAGAACAUCAGGGUAUCUGUCAUCUGUCGAGAUGUAUGACCCUCUGAUUGACAACUGGACAUUGGUUUCAUCAAUGAGAUCAAGAAGGAGUUAUCUUGGUGCUGUGGCAAUAGGAAAAACAGUGUAUGCCAUUGGAGGAUUUGGUGGAGAGUGUGGAAAUCUUUCAAAUGAUUGGUUAAUGUCGGUUGAGAAAUUGGACUCUCAGAGUGGAGAAUGGCUGUCUGUAACAACCAUGUCACAACCAAGAGCUUAUUUUGGUGCAGUCCAGAAGGAAGGUAUGGUGUAAUAAGUAGAUGUAUUUCAAUGAUGUCUUCUAUGAUUUCUCGUUUCAUCAAAAUCAUUACAAUUUCCUCAAACAUGAUUGGUGCAUUAGCUGCUUUAUUUUUCACCAAUCAUUCUGUAGAGCUGUAAUUAGACAGUGUAAUUGGACAGUUGGCUGUAAUUGGACACCUAUAAUUGGACAGUUGAAGUGGCCAAUCUUACUAAUUCCACUCAACCAAAUCCACCAGUCACAGAAUUAAUCACAAUAACCAUACCAACAACCAUUUAUCCUAAAAAACUGAGGAAUUUCCAGAAUGGAGAAUUUUUUACUUAAGAUAUUGUCUUUACCAAAGAUAUUUGACCUAAAUGUAUUUGUUGUUUUUGAAAAUUGUAGCAGUUUUGAUUAAUUGGUAACAGGACCUCUUGUUGUCCAAUUCUGUCUGUAAUCAUAUUGAUUCGUGAUUGACAAAUUGGACUCCCGCUUCGCAGUUGUCUCAUUUUGUUAAUCACUUGUAUGAUUACAGUCUAAAUUGGACUCCACUUGUUCCUAUUACCAGUAUAAAAAAUUAUCUAAUACUUGGCAAGAAGGUUGAUAAUGCCUUUCAAUUUUGUUUUUAAUUUAGUAUUUGCCACAUUUAUUUUUUUAUCCUGAUACUUAAAAAAAAGGGGCAAAAUAUGAAAGCAAGAGUGCAAUCUCACAUCAACCAACAAAACCCCUAAACCUAGAGGAGGACAACAUCCCACAAUGUAUUUAGGCAUGGACCAAUAAACAAAACCCCUUACCCACUCCUCUGUCAUCACCUUGUAUACAUGCUUACCUACCCACUCUAAAUAUACCUUGCUUGCAUAUGAUUCUAUUUAGUACACUGUAUCUGUAUUGUAGAUUAACAUUUAUUUCCCUGAACAUGUAAAUGGAUCCAGAGUUGUUCACAAGCAGUAAUGACAAUUCUAAUGAUGUUUUUUUCAGGUGUGGUGUAUGUGAUUGGAGGUUACAACCAGUCAUGGUUAAAUACAGCUGAAAGGUUUGAUCCACGAGAAGGGAGAUGGUACAAUAUUCCAGCCAUGAAAUCACCCAGAAGUAGUGCAGGUGCAAGUGUAUUGGGAAAUAAUCUUUUUAUUGCUGGGGGAUUUAAUGGAAUGAGAAAUUUGAAUACAGUUGAGUGUUUUGACACAAGGGCUGGGAAAUGGAUGGAUGCACCUUCAAUGCAAAAUACUAGGUAUGGAAUGGCACUAACUACUUUACAGAUAUGAACUCAUUUCAAAAAUCGUAGUCUGUAAGGAAAUCACUUCUACUGUAAUUCAAGAGACCUUCUGUUUGAGCAAACUAAAUUGUAAAAUAUAUGUCUGUAAUGCUGUAAAUAUAUGUCUGUUAUGCUGUAACAACCGUCAGAGUAUUUGUCUCAAAGAUCUAGAUGUGAAAGUAAAAUUAGAAACUGAAGCCUAAUAUUCUUUUGUUUUUACAUACUUUCCUUUUAAACAAAUUGAAAAUAUAAUUUUUAGAGAAGUUUUGAUAUGUUUUGGUUUUGAAUUUUGUAACAUAUUUCUAAGGAAAUGAGAGAAUCCAUUCUAUUUGGUGAUGUGAAUUUAGCUAUAUUUCUUAGAUUUCGGAGGCAGGGUUUAUUUUAGAGCAUGACUUUUCAGGAUUUUUGCAAUUUGAAAAGAGAUGCAGCAUAAAAUUUAUGACAUAACUUCAAGUGGGGCACAGAAAAAAUUUGCACUUGGAUAAGUACUAUUUUAAUACUGUAUUUUUAAAUCAUGUUUUCCAAAUAUAAUUGACAACAAAAUUGAUAUGAGAGCUGCUGUAUACAGUAGUCUCUUACUGUCUCUGUUCCCUUUUUUUCCUUGUUGUAUCACUGAGUAUACUCCACAAGAAUGAUGAAACACUUUUUGGGUCACCCUUUCUAGAAAUUGGGCCCCUAGGGAUUAAAGAAUGGGACUAAAUAGGCCAUCUUUGACUAAUUUCAAAAGUAAACACUCGAUGUGAAAUUGCAUAAUUUUGUUGGCUAUGGAUAUACAGAAUCAAAGAUUGGUCUCCAUUAAUAGAAAGAUAAAAUUGAGAUAAGGUAUAUGUAUAUAUUUCAUUUUGUUGGGAAAUGAUAAUAUAAAGUUAACAAUCUGCUGCACUGGUUCAUAGAGUUAUUGUAAACAUCAAAUAUUUUUUUUUCUGUAGAUAUUCUUUUUUAAGGUAUUUUAUUGAAACAACAUAAUUAUUAAGUAUUUAAGCAUAGUUUGUUUGUCCUCCUAAAAUGUAACACAAUACCAA